AUGUUUACUACCGCCCGCUUUGUCUCCCGCGUGGGAUUGGGAGCCAUUCGAUGGAACUCCACGGCCACGACCUCUCUACCGCCGAUGAUGGCCACAUUGCGCGCAGAUCUAAAGCAAGCAAUGCGCGCAAAAGACCAGGCGAGACUGAAUGUAGUGAAAGCUCUCAUAUCCGAAACCAACGGCUCCGCGAAAACCGCGUCUCCCAUUCAAACCGACGUCCAAUUAUUGGGGCUGAUCAGCAAAAAGCUCGCUGCUGCAAAAGAUGCGUCUGAGCAGUUCUUAGCAGCCGGACGACCAGACCUGAAAGAAAAAGAAGACGCCCAAGUCAAAGUUUGGGAACAUUAUGCGAGCCAAGUCGAGACAAUGGGCCCAGAGGAAAUCAAGAGCGCUGUUUCGAGCGUUAUCACACGGCUGCAGAGUGAAGGGGGCAAUAUCAACCCCGGCACUGUGUUGAAGAGUCUACUUGGCCCUGGUGGUGCCUUGGAUGGGAAGCCCGUGGCAAAGGCAGAUGUUGCUCAAACCGUUAAAGAGCUUCUUGCCCAGCCCAAGGCCUGA